AUGCUGUGCUCACGCAGAACCAAAACUUUGGUGUCAACGUGCGUGAUCCUCAGCGGGAUGACCAACAUCGUGUGCCUGCUGUACGUGGGCUGGAUCACCAACUACGUGGCCACCGGAGGACACAAAGUUGCGGAGAGCGGCGGCGGCGACGAGGCGCAGAGAAAGUUGGAGGAGGACGGAAAAGGAGAAACCCUGAGGAUUAUGGAGAGACUGGACCGACUGGAGAGCGUGGUCAACGAGCACAUCAAAGACACGCCCCUGAAGGACGGUGAGGACUUGGCGUCUUCCUCAGCCUUGGCCUCUGACCCCGCCCUCUCCCUCUUCAAACACUGGGGUCACGACCUUGGCCCCGAGAGUCGGAGGGUCGCCCUCAAGAAGUUCCGGUACUAUGGCUACAAUGGUUACCUGAGCGACCGCCUCUCCCUCACUCGCCCGAUUGCUGAUCUGAGACCUGACGGCUGCAGGAACCUGUCGUAUUCCUCCGACCUUCCUCAGCUCAGCAUCAUCUUCAUCUUCGUGAACGAGGCCCUGUCGGUGCUGCUGCGCUCCGUCCACACCGCCAUCCAGAGGACGCCGUCCCACCUGCUGAAGGAGAUCAUCCUGGUGGACGACCACAGCAGCAGCCUGGAGCUGAAGGAGCACCUGCAGACUUUCGUGGACGAGACCAACACGCAGCACGGCCCCGACUUCAUCAAGCUGGUCCACCACGACAAGCAGGAGGGGCUGAUCCGGUCCAGGGUCCGGGGCUGGAGAGCCGCCUCGGCCCCCGUGGUCGCCCUGUUCGACGCACACGUGGAGUUCAACAUCGGCUGGGCCGAGCCCAUCCUGCAGCGGAUCAAAGAGGAUCGAACCCGCGUGGUCUCUCCCUCGUUCGACAACAUCAAGUACGACACCUUCGAGAUCGAGGAGUACCCACUGUCCGCCCAGGGCUUCGACUGGGAGCUGUGGUGUCGAUACCUCAACCCGCCCAAGUCCUGGUGGACGCAACGCAACCAGACGGCCCCCAUCAGGAGCCCGGCUCUGAUUGGCUGCUUCGUGGUGGACAGGAAGUACUUCGAGGAGAUCGGCCUGCUCGAUGAGGGCAUGGAAAUAUACGGUGGAGAAAACGUGGAGCUCGGCAUCAGGGUGUGGCAGUGUGGUGGCAGCGUGGAGGUCCUGCCCUGCUCCAGGAUCGCCCACAUCGAGCGCGCCCACAAGCCCUACACGGAGAACCUGACGGUGCACGUGCGCCGCAACGCUCUGCGGGUGGCGGAGGUGUGGAUGGACCAGCACAAGAGUCACGUGUACAUGGCCUGGAACGUUCCACUGCAGAACUCGGGAAUAGACAUCGGGGACGUCUCUGAGCGAAAGGCCCUGAGGUCCAGACUCGGCUGUCGACCGUUCAGCUGGUUCCUCGCCAACAUCUACCCCGAGCUCCGGUCCUACAGCAACACAGUCGCCUACGGAGUGCUGAAGAACAGCCUGAGAGACGACCUGUGUUUGGACCAGGGACCGGACUCCGACAACGUCCCCAUCAUGUACCUCUGUCAUGGGAUGACACCGCAGCAGAACGUGUACUACACCAGCUCCCAGCAGCUCCACCUGGGGGUCCUGAGUCCCACCAUCGACGACGACGACAACAAGUGUGUGGUGGACGUGAACAGCCGGCCGCGGCUCCUGGAGUGCAGCUACGCAGCCACCAAGCACAUGAAGCUCACCUGGACGCUCACUCAGGGCGGCUCCAUCCAGAACUCCGAGUCCCAGCGCUGCCUGGAGCUGGUGGAGAGCAAACAGGCGGAGUUCGGCUUCCAGCUCGCCAUCCAGGACUGCGGCGCUCAGAAAUGGACCAUCACGAACAUUCUGACCGUCCUACCGCGGUGA